CGCUUGUCCUCUGCCCUGAGUCUGUCUCAGGUACAGAUAUAUGCUCUCAAAGCACUCAAACGAGAGGUAACGGAAGGACUAAAUCCAGGACAAACAGAUUUGAAUGGCCCCAGACAAACGGGUGAAAAAAAACCUCUCGUCGACGGAAGUUAGUUCAAAUAAUUCUUAUUUUUUUCCUCUCAGAGUGAGAUAAGAUCAAAGUCCACUUCUGCUUGGUCUUGGCCAAGAGAUGACAAAAGAUAUAUGGCAACGUUUUUUGUGUUAAUGGUUGAAAUGAAGAUUACAUUGGGCAAAAAUAAUGGUAGUUUUACGUCCGUCCUCCAAACCCUGAUGCAGUAAAGGGGUCAAAAUUAAUAAUAAUAUUCCACUCCACCGGUCCUGGGGUGGGUGGACCGCUAAUAUGGACCCCUGGCAAAAUCUGGUGUCCAGAUGUUCGGCAUGGUGGCAGAUGCAUACGCCACAUGCUCUGAGAGCUUGUGUGUAUGAAGUGUGUAAACCUCUGGUGCCACUUCUGCUGUGCAUCGCGGCCCUGGUGGCUGUGAUUGUGUAUGCUCUGGCAGAUAAUCUACACAGUUUUGUAAGCAGGAUCUUCAUUCCCCAGUAUCACUAUCCUUAUGUGGUGCCACUUGCAUUCAUACAGGUGUUUCUAAAUCUCCUGGCACUGCUAGCUUUGCACGGCGUGGGUCUGAUCCACCUGAAGCCUUUUUCACUGAGGCUGGGCGAGCGUUUGUUUGUGCCGGCGGUCUGUGGGAGCAUCCAGUGCAUUCUGGCCAUAUGGGCUGAAGCCUGUUCCCACUCUGGCCUGUACCCGCUAAUCGCCCGCUUCCUCCCAAUGGUCAGUCUGAGCUUGGGUCACCUGUUUGCACUGAGUAUGCCAGGCUCCAUCCAUGUCUCCUCCCUUUUGACUGUGCUCACUGUCGCCUCGGUUACCGUCACAGGAUGUAAAGGACUUCAUGCGAUAGAGCCGCUGGAGUACGUCUACUCUCCCCUUAACCUUGUCCUUCACAGCCUCUCUCUUGCCUGGCUAGCCAAAGUCUCCCAAACAGAGCGAGGCCAUGCCUCAACCUUUGACCUUUACUACACUCUGACAGUGACACGUUCCCUCUUGUUAGGGUUCCUGUGUGUUUUGCACCCUGAUGGACCAAAGGCACUGAUGCAUGGCAACUGGCACAGUCUGCUGUUUCUGGGAUACAUGCUCGGGAUGUUACUGCUGGGUGCUGUGCAGCUUCUCUUUGUGGAUGUAACAGCACUGUAUUUUUCUGCUCUCCCAGCAGCCAUGCUGCAUGCGACCAGAGGGCUGGUUCUGCCCCUGUUCAGGCUGCUAUAGGACAUACGGACCAAUCAGAGUGUAGAUCAUUCUGAAGAGGAACCGUUUAUGUAGAAUAACCAAUCAAAUACCUGAUCAAUCAAAUACAUGAUUGAUGAUAACAGUAUUAAAACCAAAUUUAUAGGCAUGACAUCCUCAUGUUAAGAUAAUUAUAAUUAAUUAAUAUGGUAAUGCUACCAGUUAGCACUGAUGUGCGACUCCUUUCUUCGCUUGCACUGAAACUAUGACACAACUAUGACACACAUCCUACAAAUGGGGUGUUUUCAUGAAGGAGCUGAUACUUAAGUUCUGGAAUUAAAUUAUUAAAGGUAAAAUACAGGUCUCUCAGACCAGCUUUUUUUGUACAGGCUAUAUUAUUAUUUUUAUGUCUCAGCUGGAA